AUGACGAAGAAAGCAUACAGCAAAAGAAGAAGAAAGGCGAUCAUCGAUUCUACUUCAUCGGAAAGAUCACCGGCGUCAGAAGAAGUAAUUGCGAGCAAUGAAGAUCUCCUUACAGAGAUUCUCUUACGCCUACCCGCCAAAUCCCUAAUCAGAUUCAAGUCCGUCUCCAAGAAUUGGCUCCAUCUCAUCUCCGAUUCUCACUUUGCCGUCAACCACUCUCGUCGAAUUCGCAAUUCCUCCAUGAUCUCUGGCUUGUUCUUCUACUACGACUAUUCUCAUACAGAGCCUCACUGUGUCUCGCUUCAUGCCCACCCAAAUUGCAAUCUUCCCACUCUCUCCUUCCUCAAUAAAUUCACUCUGCUUCCUCAACUUGAUUUUCCAUGUCUUUCACAUGAAUCAUUGGGUGUUUACUUGGCUUUUGAUCCUUCAAAAUCACCUCACUACAAAGUUGUUUUCUUUCGGCCCUGUUAUCAAUUUGAUAUCUACUCUUCCGAGACUGCGUCUUGGAAACAGAUUACUGUCAGUGAAUGUGAACCACUACGUGAUUGCCUUGAAGGUGUGUUUUGGAAUGGGGCAAUCCAUUGGUUGAGUCACGAGGAUGUUCACUUUAGAUUUGACGUUGAUGAAGAGAAGCUCAUAAAAACCCAUAAUCCUCCAAGUCCUAAAAUUCUUUCUGUGGACAAGACUAGGUAUUUUGGGGAAUGUGGUGGUCAUUUGCUUCUUAUUCAGAUGCGAUUGCGAAAUGCUAUGGGAUUCAAAAUCCUUGAGAUGGACAGGGUCUCCUUCCAUUGGAUUGUGAAAUGCGGCGUCAAUCUUAGACCCUUAAUUUCUGUAUUCCCUGAGAUAGACAUAGAUGCCAGAAGCAGAAGAUACAAAUUUCGUGUGCUAUGUGUUGUGACGGGAGUCAGCGAAAAUGAUUUUGCGUUGGUGUUAGCUACUGCUGGCAAAGUAGUUUAUUAUGAUCUCAAGUGCAAGACAUCGAGGGUGCUUCUAGAUCAUAUACCUCUACUUAACUUUCAUGCAUCAAUCUUUCAACGUUUUCUUUGUUCUCAUACUUAUAAAUUCGUUGAAAGUCUAUCCCCUAUUUGA